CUUCUUUCAUCAGACACAAGAAAGAGAGUGUGAGGAGAUGGCAGAUAUCUUAGAAUUGGUCCUUGUAACCGCUGUUGCUGCUUACUAUGUGAUCUGGUUCCUCAAGAGAGCAAAUGAAUGGUAUUUCUGUUCAAAUAAGAAGAAUCUGCCUCCAGGAGACAUGGGAUGGCCUGUCCUUGGAAACAUGAUUCCCUUCUUGAAAGCCUUCAAAUCUGCUAAUCCUGCACCUUUCCAUGACGACUUGAUUAAAAGGUAUGGAAAAACAGGUAUAUACAAGAGUCACCUGUUUGGAAGUCCAAUAAUCAUCGUCUCUCAGGCUGACUUAUCAAAGGCGAUCUUAACGGAUGACAAAAAUUUCGGACUCUCUUAUCCAAAUAUGAAGGAGCUUUUGGGAAAGAGGUCAAUUUCUAAUCUAGAUGGAGACGAACAUAAACGUUUACGCCGGCUAACAACUGCUCCGAUCAACGGAGUAAAGGCGCUGUCUGGUUAUAUUGAGCUUAUUGAGCAGGUGUUCAUGGCUUCACUGGACGAAAUGGCAAGCAUGAACAAGCCUGUAGAGCUCUUCAGUGAAUUGAAGCUUGCGGGAUUCAAGGUUGCAACCAAUAUCUUCUUUGGACCACAAGGUUAUUCGGUUCUUGAACCAUUGACAAAGUUGUUUGGUUACAUCACUACCGCUUGCUUGGCUCGAAAGAUUAACAUCCCUGGAUUUCCAUACUAUAAGGCUCUCAAGGCCCGACAUAAGAUGGUGGAGAUUGUCGAUGCUACCAUUGAAGACAGGAAGGUGAAAAUUAAAAAUAUGGAGUCUCAUGAGGAAAAGAAAUGCAUGUUGGAUUUACUGCUAGAACUUGAAAGUGAAGACGGUGAAAAAAUGGACAAUGAGACUAUGAUUGAUUUACUUUCUGUAUUGGUCUUUGGUGGCCAUGAAUCUACGGCAGUCAUCACGAUGUGGCUAAUGAUACAUCUUCACGAUAAUCCAGAAAUCUUACAAAAGGUUAAGGAAGAACAAGAGUAUAUCAUAGCGAAACGACCACCGACACAACAAGGUUUAACCAUGUCGGAGAUCAAAGAAAUGGUUUACACCGCCAAGGUAAUUCAAGAAGUACUACGCUUGUCUACUCUUGGAGUUGGAGCUUUUCGUUAUUCAAAAGCCGAUGUUGAGAUGAACGGAUACACCAUACCCAAAGGAUGGAAAAUUUUGGUCAUGUACAAAGUCGUUCAAAUGGAUCCAGAAAAUUUUCCCAACCCAAAAUCAUUCGAUCCUUCAAGAUGGGACGACCACAAUAAAAAUCUGAAAGCCGGAACUUACACACCAUUUGGACUUGGGAGUAGGAUUUGCCCAGGAAAUGAACUAGCCAAGACCAAACUCAUCGUUUUUCUUCACUGCUUUCUGCCUCACUACAAGCUGGAGCGAAUUAAUCCAAAGUGCCGUGUUGUGUCCUUUCCAAAUCCAAGGCCUACAGACAACUAUCUCGUCAAAAUCACAAAACUCCCAAAAUAAUAAUCAGUGGAAGAAAGAAAAUAUAUGUGCUCCACUUGGGACUUGAAUAAUUGUGUGAUAAAGUAUUUGAUGUUGGUUCAAUUAUUGUAGGCAAGCACUAUAUCAUAUGUGGAAUUAUGAAUCCAUCGAUCAAUAUAUUUACCGUUUGGUGUCAA